AUGGAAGGCGUAGGUCGGUUGUGUAAAGAAGCGGUGAGCGCCACGAAAAAAGAGGGCACCACUUCUGCAAAAGCUGUCAGAGCACGAGCGAAACUACCUCAAGAGUUGGCCAAGAUCGAAGAUGAGGCCAAAAGGAUCAACGCGAUUGAAAUGAUAUGGAGAUCACUCUAUUAUGCGCAAGCAAGAACAUCGAAAGAAACCGCAAAAUUGGUCUGUCCAAUGUUUUGCGGUGAGCUUUUUGCGAUCAUGAGCGAGGUGCCUUCAUUGAGUGCCCAUUGCUCGCUUUAUGCUGGAGAUUUGCAUAGAUAUUCCGCCUCCUCGAAAGCCACAAUUUCUCUUCAUUACAGGCGCGCCGUUUCGGAAGCGCCUGAUUGGGGACAACCAUUAAAUCAACUCGGGCUCAUCGCUGAGCAACCACACGAUAUACGUUUAUUUCUACAAGCGCUUCUUGCCGAGAGAACGUUUUCCGGAACAAUGGAGAAUCUUGGGCGAGCAAUCGAGAAAACCAUACAGGAGGGCCUCAUCGAGCACACCGUAGAAUUGGUCAAAAUCACGGCAAUCAAUAACAAUCUUCUUGAUCUCUCCGCCAAAUGCACGGAUUUCUUUGCCGAGUUGCGAGAGUCGACUUUUGAUGUCAAUCUGAUCGUUUUGUUGCACAUUUUGACGCUCACCCUUCAACACACGAGUCAUAACUUUAUUGAUGAAAGUCUUCGAUACUUGAUGAGCUGUUUGUCGGACUCGUGGUCGUUGGCUUUGAAUAAGGUACGCCCAAAAGGUCACGAAGUGACGCAAGAGGACACUUUGAUGCUAAAUCUAACGAAACGACGACGACGAGCAGAAGAAAGUGAUGAAGACGAAGAAGAAAAGGAGGAAGACGUAGAAAAAGAUGGACAACCUGGCGAGGAAAAGAUGGAUGACAAGAAAGAGUUAAUUGAUGAUUCGCUUUCGACUUUGAUCUUGGCCGGGGCCACAGAGUUCGCGAUUACCGCCUACGAAACGAUCGCUUGUCUAAAAGAGAAACAAAAAGUGACCGGAAGAGCUUUAACGGAGAAUCUCGAAAAACUUUGCUCUCAACUCUGCGAUCGAGCGAAUUUGAUGGUGGAAGAGUUGGAGAACGCGUGUGAUGAGACUGACGAGGGGAACACCGCGGAAAUACGAUGGAAACUCGAUGGACCACUUGGGGGCUCUGAAAUGGCGAUUUCGGCGGCCGCGUUUUUCCUCUUCAAAUGUGUCAGUUCGGUGACGAUUCCUCUUGUUUUGCAGUCUUCAAAGUUCAAAGUUUAUCGCGAUGGAUCCGUUCAAAUAUCAAUCGACGAGCUUGGCCGGAGGAUGGGCAAUUUGAGAGCUCAAGUUGGCACUUCGGAAGAUGUUCUAUGGAUUCCGAUCUACAUUGUUCCCGAUUUGAGUGUUUUUGAGAAGAAACUAGAGGCAUUACGCUCUUUUCUACGCGGUGAAAAGUUGACGAUUAUUGUGCCGACGACUGUUCUCUCAUACAUCGAUGAUCACAAAUCAAAGAAUUUUUGCUGGAGAAACGCUUUAAGACUAAUUCGAACCGGUCAACGCGGCGGUUCUUUGCGACUCGAAGGAACACAAGCGAGGAGAGAAGACGUAUUGGAUGAGGCAUUUUACCGAAAAUCGACCCUCGAAACGGCGUUGUCACUGAUCCCCGAGUCGUACAAGGAAAAGUCGUGUCUCGCCACCGUUCUCACAACGUCCCCCGAGGACUACGAUGGAAUUGAAAUCAACCCGUCGAAACGUCGCGCUUCGCACACGUACUCAAUUCGGGAGAUCGACUCGUUCAGGGAACGAUGGAUCAAAGAACUCUCGUGGCGAUCCGCU